GGGCUCCUCAGCCAGGUGAUGGGUAAUGAGGACCGGACUACAAACUUCUCUUCUUAAGACUUGUUAUGUAUUCUAGUACUUUUCUGUGUAUCGUUAGUACCGUUCUGACGCCAUAUCUAAUCAUAAUCUAAUGGGCGCUAUCGGACCAGUUCCUUCCGGCCGCAUCUGAUAUGGUUUGUCAUUUUGCGUUUUAUUGUCGCUAUCUUUUGCUUCGACUCGUCUACAAUCACUUAACAGCCAGCAUUCUCCAUGGCUAACUGUUUCCCAAAGCAUGAAGGGCAGUCAUUGUCGUACUGGCUUCAAGGCGUUCGGAGUAAUCCAUUGCUCGAUCACCGAACAACGGAAGAACUGCCAAAGGAAGCAGACGUGGUUAUAAUUGGGUCGGGGGCAACAGGUGCAAUAACGGCCUUGGAGCUCUUCUCGGGUCCAAAUCCGCCCAAAUCCAUUGUGAUGCUCGAAGCGAGAGAAAUGUGCUCGGGGGCUACGGGAAGGAAUGCCGGUCAUUGCAAACCAGACCAGUGGAGAGGAUUUAAGACAUAUCAAUCACGGUUUGGUUCUGAACAGGCCCUGAAGAUUCUAGCCAAUGAACAAGAAACGUUCGAACGCGUCGUCGCAUAUAUUCGCAAAUAUAAUGUGGACUGUGAUCUGUGGGUGGGAAAGACACUAGACGUCGCGAUAGACGAACAAGUUGCCGCCAGGGCCGCUAGCAUUUUCGAGCAUUUUCGAGCUGCUGGUGGAAAUGUAGACCAUGUCGAAUAUAUUACUGAUCGCACCGAGGCUAUCAAGCGUUCCCGUAUCAACAACGCUGUGUCUGUCUUUUCGUGGGAUGCAGCUUCGCUCUACCCGUGGAAACUUGUAGCCCAUGUAAUUACGACCUGCUUAUCCAAGGGUCUCAACCUCCAAACCUGGACUCCAGUCAACUCUGUCAGCUUGUCCGGUGUCUCUCAAAACUGGGUCGUUUCAACUGAACGCGGAUCAAUUGCUACUCCCACAAUCGUGCAUGCGACGAAUGCCUACGCUUCAGCCCUCCUUCCCGAGUUCAGGAACAUUAUCCAACCGACACCCCAUAUGUGUAACAAGGUGGUUCCUCCUCGGUCUUGGUCUGGUACCAAAGCACUAGAAAACUCAUACGGCGUGCUCUGCCCUGACGGUGCUUUGUAUAGCAUCAACCCUCGAGCAACUUCGGAUGGCAUCAUCCUGUUUGGCGGUAGCAACCCGGGCCAACAUGCGUUGCUUAAAUAUCUCCAAGAGCAUCCUGAUGAGCGAACGAAUGAUGGCCUGACGAACUUUGCGCCAGUUACGAAGGCCGUCGAUGACUUCAUUCAAAGUGAAUUUGCAGGCUGGGGAUUUGCGUCUGCUCCGGGAGAAGGAUUGGACUAUUCAUGGAGUGGUAUCCUUGGUAUGAGCGCAGAUGGUCUACCAUAUGUUGGGCAGAUACCUGGUAAACCUGGUCAGUGGAUAUGUGCAGGCCACAAUGGCCAUGGCAUGGCCCGAAUCUUUACCACUGCACCUGGACUUGUCAAGCUAAUUCAAGGUGGUACUUGGGCGGAUACCGGCCUACCAGAAUGUUUCGAGCUUACGCCAGAGAGGUUGCAGCGUUUAUCCAAGGUGGAUUCCAACGGCCUCCACCACGUAAGGUGUACUGUAUGAUAAUAAAUUUGGUGUUAGGACUGGAGAUCUAACCUUUAGCUUGAUAUCAUCGAACAUAACAUCAUC